AGGUCUAUAAAGACCGGCGAAUGCGGCUUCAACUCCUCUCUCCCUCUGGGGAAUAAGUUGAUGAAAGAAAGGAAAACUAUAUUCAUCUUCAUUGUCAUGAAAGUUGAAUUUUUCUUAUUUUGGUACUAAUACGAUCAAAUUGCAACUUGGUUAAUUAUAUGAAGCUGCUGAUUAUGAUGCAUGAGUGUAGAGCUGAAGCUCAACCGUUGACAUUUUUAAUGAAUGUGUGAUAGGCACUAGCUCUAUCUAUCUAAACCCUAGACUUUUAGAGAGAGAACAAGUCCAAAACAAGAGGAGUCUUAUCUAAUAUAGUACUAUAUAUAAGAUGAAAAGAGAGUAAUGGUAAACAAUAUGAGUACUUGUUUCUUCUUGUUGUUGCUGUUGUUAUUGUGAGGGACAAACUUCCAAAGAUAAUAGCUAGCUCUAUAUGGUUUUGGUAACCAUGGAUACUAGCAGUAAUAACGAUAACUUAACGAAGAUGAAAAGAUCAUCACCAUCAUCUGGUUUUGGAGCUGAUCAAGGAGUUGCAAUCAAGAGAGAAAAGAGUACCAGUAAUGGAUCUUCAUCUAAUAAUUCCGACUGCGAAAACCGAAAAGAGGUUCAACUUGAAGGAGGAGUUGUUGAUAGUAACCAAAAUAAGGGUGGAGGAAAUACCAAAGAAAAAAGUAGUAGUCCAAAUAAACCCUCUUCACCAAACCAAAGAUUGGAGUUAAUAAGCUUCAACAAUUUGCAGACACCUAAAACAGCUGCAACGGUACGAUCAUCAGCAACUGAUACAAACUCAAAUGCAACAUCUUCCUCAAACAAAAAUACUGAGGAUGACCAGCUAGUAUCUGCCAAAGCCGAAAUGAGCCAAGUAAAACAAGAAAAUGAAAGAUUAAAGACGACUUUAUCUAAAGUUGUCCAGGAUUACCAAUCUCUUCAAAUGCACUUCUUUGACAUAGUUCAACAAGAACAAACGAAGCAGAAAUCAACAGAUAAAACUGCAGUAGUGGUACUACCAGCCUCGACCCAUCAUAAGGAUAUUGACGAAGAACCUGAACUUAUUUCACUUAGUCUUGGGAGAAGUAAUUCUGCUGAGCUUAAAAAGUUUAAAGAUGAGAAAACUAAUAGUUCAAGCAAAUCUAAAGAUGGUGCUGGUAAUCAUGAGGAUGACCUAAACAAAGGCUUAGCUCUUGGUUUGGGUUGCAAGUUUGAAGUCUCCAACAAUGCAGCACGUACUGAACUUGUUACGAAUCAAAGGUCCGAAAAUAGUUUUGAAGAACUGAAAGAAGAAGAGGUCGUUGGAGAACAAUGGCCACCUAGUAAAAUCUUGAAGACAGUAAGAAGCGGAGAUGAUGAACUUUCACAGCAGAAUCAAGUCAAGAAAGCUAGAGUCUCUGUGAGAGCAAGAUGUGAUACCCCAACGAUGAAUGAUGGGUGUCAAUGGAGAAAAUAUGGCCAGAAAAUCGCGAAAGGAAAUCCAUGCCCUCGAGCAUAUUAUCGUUGUACUGUUGCACCAGCAUGCCCAGUAAGGAAACAGGUGCAGAGGUGUGCUGAGAAUAUGUCCAUCCUGAUAACCACAUACGAAGGAACCCACAAUCACCCACUUCCAAUUGCAGCCACAGCUAUGGCUUCAACUACCUCAGCCGCUGCUUGUAUGUUAUUAUCCGGCUCAACAAGCUCAAGACCGAACUUUGGUACUUCAGCAACAACCGGCACGUCUGGAGAUCUAAAUGGACUUAGCUUUAAUAUCUCAGAUAACUCCAGAUCAAGGCCGUUCUACCUACCCAAUUCUUCAAUCUCAUCUUCACCUUCAUACCCAACAAUCACUCUAGACCUCACUGCACCACCAGCAUUGUCUUCAACUUCAGCGUCUGCAGCAUCUCAAUUUAGUAGAUUAUCUUCAAAUUUUCCCACUACAAGAUACUCAUCGACGAGUUUAAACUUUUCUUCUGGUUCAGAAUCUAGCACUCUACCAACAUCAUGGGGUAAUGGGUACUUAAAUUAUGGAAACCAUCCUUACAACAAAAACCAAUUAGGAUCUUUAAAUCUUGGAAGACAACCUCAAGAAAAUUUCUAUCAGCCUUACUUCCAAAAAAAUGCUCCACCUCCUCCUCAACAGAACAUGACAGAAUCCAUAGCUGCAGCCACCAAAGCAAUAACAUCAGACCCAAGUUUUAGAUCGGCGUUAGCUGCCGCAAUCACAUCAAUUGUUAAUGGUGGAGGUGUGACUGGAAACCAAGCUGGGGGAGAGAAUGUUGGGCAGAAUUUGAAGUGGGAAUGAUCUGUACAGUUUCCAUAUUUUCUAACUCACCCCUCCAGCAGUAAUGGAUAUGGCUGAGCAUCAACCUACGCACUCUCCUCCUUCAAAUAACCCACAUGGGAACUUGAUGUGUCUCCAGCUUCUAUGACAUUCUCUUUCCAUCAGGAUUUUCUGCAUCAGCGCAUCAUAAUAUGGGUCACAUCAAUUGGGUAUCACUUUGAUGACAUGGAUCAAGUUUUGUUUAAUUUAGUUGGAAUUGUAAAAAUGAUCAAGAUUUUUUUUCAGUGAUGGCGAUGACAGCAAGGAUUUGAAGAUCACUAUGUUCUAGCAUUUGUAAAAUAUACGUACUUGCUACCUGAGUACCUGUAACUUGGAGAUGGGUUCAAUGGGGAUGAAGCUAUAACAUUUGAGCUAUCUCUCCCGACUCAUUAGAUAAUUUUUAACAUUGGUAACUCUGUCUAUAAAUUUCAAUGUUAAACUUGUUA